CAACCAGGAGUCAGUUAGGCUGAGGCUCUGAGCCCCAACUGUCAGAAGGGGUUGAGGCUGCAGUGGAGGCCAGGAGUUUGGGACUGUGAGCCGUGUCUCCGAAGGCCAUGGAGUCCUCUGCAGAGCCUGGGAAGACUUUCCCCAAAUACUGCAGUGUGGCCACAACCUUGAAGGUCCCUGCCUGGACCGGUGCUGCUGCUCCCUGGGACCUCUCCUUCACCUGCCCUUUUGCCCUCCAAGUGCCCUGGCUCACCAGUCACAACCCCCUCACCAGGUAUGCUUACCACCCAUGUCUCCACAUUGCUGACCCGGCAUGGCAGGGGCCCAGCUGGCUGGGGAGAGUAGGAGAUGCUGCUGGCACAUGGGUUCUGGCAAGAAGGGAGCUGGAUGGUCUUUAUUACCGGGCUCAGAUAAAGUCUGCUCCAGAGCUGGAGAGGCAGGGGGCCCUGCUGGUGGAAUUUGAGGCUCCCCUUUUCACAGGCCCAAAUCUGCCAGCUCAGCGGCAAGGUGUGGUCUUGGAAGAAGAUGUCAUUCAGUUCUUGCCCCCCAUGGAAUACUCACUGCAGCCUGGGGACAAGGUGCUGGCAUCCUGGGAAUCAGACCAUCAGCGGUAUGGCCCUGGCACUGUGCUCUUGUGCUUGAAGGGGAGAGACCCCCAGAGAGCAUCUGAAGAAGAAAUUACUGUUCACUUCUGGAAUGGCAAGACAGCUACAGUACCUGUAAGUGGGGUCAGGUGGGUGCCCCCAGCUGUCUGGAAGAAGGCUGUGGAGAGGCUAUACUCGCCUUUCACCAGGGAGCGCCCUUGGCCCUUCCUCUGGGCCCCUUGCUGCUCUCUGCUGGGGCCCAUCACUGGAUAUGUCACCAGCGGGCUUCCUCUGGGCGCUUCAUUCUUGUGCCCUCCCUGCCAACCCCAUGCCUGCUGCCAGCUGCUGUGUGGGGGCUGCUUCUGCUGCUACCCUUUGGCUGGACCCACCUGGUGGCCUCUAACCAGGGCCUCAGGGGUCACAGUCAGAGAACAUCCAGAAGAGGAGCUGAAGCCAACAGGCCAGCUUUUGCCGCUAGAGGGUCCUAAGAAUGAAGAAGUAGCAGUGCAAGCGCCCAUGGCUGUUUCUUCCUCCUCUUCCUCCUCUUCUUCUGAAGAGAAUUUGGAGAAUGAUCUGGAUAUGGGCCUCCCCCAGAGACUGAUGGUGAACAGCACAGUCAACACAGACCCCAUCCUGCUUGAGACGUCUCCGAGACAGGGUGGCCUUUGUCAGCCCGUGUGGAGGUAUUGGAAGAGAAGUGGGCCCGAGCCACAUCCGGGGAAGCCAGGAACAAGAUGUUGCAACAUCUGGAAAGAAGAGAAGGGCAACAAACAGCGAGCACAGGCUGCAGUGGAGGGGAGCACCCAGGAGCUGGUGCUGGAAGGAACCAACAUGCAGCCACUACAGGCCCUGCCCAAGGAAGCUGUGCACCCAACACCGAGUCAAGGCACUGCCACACAUCAGAGGGGCCCCAACUCCCCUUAGGCCAAAAACCCUGAGGAUCUAGGAAGCUAAAGAGUGGUAGUAAAUACCUGAAGGGGAGUAACAAAGUGAGAAGACCUUCAUCAACCUAAGGAGGUAGAGUCAGCCCAGGCCUGAUAGUCAAAUAAGCAGCAGCAUCUUCACCCCAUUAAAAUUUCCUUGCAAGUGAAGACAGGAAGGCACCUGUCAUGAGGGCACAGAAUGUGGCAGCACCCAAGGCUCCCUGUCCUGGGCUGUGUGAGGUCUGCUGAUGGCUCUCUUUCACAGAAUUUAAGGGUAUGGUCAAUAAUAUGCUUUGGGCAAAUAUGUCCACAGCCUUUCUGCCACCUUUUCAUACAAUCUACUGUAGUACAUGAAUGACAUUUUGUUUCACUCUUAAUACCAAUAAAAAGGAAUUCUCUUC